AUGAUCAACAUGUCCAAGAUUGUCAAGGUCAGGAAGGAGAUCUCUGUGCUCAGGACGACGCCCGCCUUCCAAGCAUACAUCAAGGAGAUGCUGCUAAAGAAUGGAAACAUUGACCUGAGCAAGCUGAAGCAAGGCGAGGCCGACCUUGUCAGUGCGUACGAAGACGACAUCCUGAACGCCGACACCGUGACCUACAUUGCCUACGACUUCAACGAGCAGCUCAAGGGCAAUCGCAUUGACUCACUCGAUUGUGUGAUCGACGACACCGUGACCUACAUUGCAACCUACAACCUCAACUAUCAGCUCAAGGGCAAUUGCAUGGACUCGCUCGAUCAUGACGAACCAGCGCGUGGUCACCAGUCCAGAACUGCACGGUGCCCACCAACUGCAAGGAUUGUCAAGACAGGACCAACGUCGUGCAGGCACGAGUCGCCUUGA